AUGCGCAAGUGGAAGGCAAAUAGUUACUUGCUGAGUGUGUGUCUCUUAGUAUCGGAGUAUGUGCGACAGCAGCAGCAAGAUGCCAAGCUGAGCAGCGCCGGAGAGGACUCGGUUGCUUCUCUGGUUGACGCGCCACACACGCAGCCUGCCCCACCAGUCAUCAGCAGGACGUCGCUCAACGCCUUGGCUCGCUUUCUAACUCUCGAGAUCCAGCAUCCUUUGAAAACUAAUCCGGACACUUCGAGUCGGACAGGAUUCACGACCCUCAAGAGUUUAUUACGUCGAUUGGAGAUCAGUUUAGACAAUGAACAGGACUUCGAGCAGGUGUCGUGGCAGCUCGUGAGUAUCCUGACGCAGAUCAAGAGCCCCGACUCCGUGUGCAACGUCGUGGAGCAGAUCUCCGAGUGUGUGACGCCACUACAGACCGUGCGCGACGAAGAGGAUGUGGAAAUAGACGUGGACUCCGCCAACGCCACGCUGGUCCGUACCAGUUUACUGGGUGUCUUCGUACGCAGCUUCUUACUGGAGGUGAACCGCCUUCUGUUCGACGGUCUAUCGAGACUUUUCGACGAUGUACAACAGUAUCUGGAACAAUUCCGAGAAGAUAUGGAGAAGGACAAGAAACUAGAGGAGAAAGACAACAGCUUGGAGCUUGUAGGGUCACCGGCGUCGCAAAAUCUGUGGAAUGAAGACAAGAUGGACGAUGACGAGUUGUUGCUGUCACCGAUUCACUCUGGAAGCGCUACACCACUUGACUCCUACGUACUGACGGACAAGCUACUGACACCGGACGCUGUUCGGGAAGUCAACGACCCGGCAGUGUGGUCGAAUGACCAGCUGAAUUACAUCUUAAGUGACAUGAUCCGCGGUAUGGAAGGAGGACGAACAGCUCAACGCUCGCAGCAUAUCGAAGACCAGUCAAUGGAAGAACAGCUCCGACUGCUUCGCAACAAGAUGGACGGAUCCAACCCUAACGUGCUGUUCGCGAGGUAUCUAUCGUUUCUAAAUGAUCGCGAUUACCAGGGUGCACUCGACAGCUUACACCAGUACCAUGACGUCCUCUCCCCUCGUCAGAAUUCUCGGGGCUCUGGGCUGCAUUUCCGAGGCAGUGGCAUCCAGUAUGCUGCGUUGAAUCUGGCUGGCUUGCAGAUACUAUUCGACCACUGUACUGCAGCGCAAGAAAGUAUCCAAGAAGCGAUUCGAGUAGCUCAGCACCAUGGAGAUCACAUCUGUGUGGCGUUCGCGUUGGCGUGGCUUAUUCGUAUUAACCAGAAGAUGGGGAACACCAAGGAUGCUGUACUGCAGCUUGUUAGUAGCUGCUUCGAUCGCGCUCAAGAGUUACGCUUGCCUUCAUUGCAAGUACUGGCGACAUUGACGGAAGUGGAGAGCGAUUUGUUGCGUGGCAGUACAGCGAGGUCAGAGACACUGGCGUCGACGUCACACUUUGUGCCGCAUCGGAUGGCUGCUCAAGCGCCGGCUCCUCGGCCACUGCACGUUUGGUCGCGUCUGGAGGAAUCACUGCAAUCUAUUGCGUCGAUAGCGACGCCUGCUGCCAAUAUGUCAAACUCUGGUACGCGAACGAUGGUGGCACUACAACUGCAAGCUGGCGUGGCUUCUGUUACUGACUCUUCUAACAAGUCUGGUGGUACUGGGAUGGACUGGAUCAAGUCUACAGAGGCAAUUCUCGAUACAGUGUGGAGUCUUAGUGGGAAAGUCGCGAUCUCAGCAGCAGUGGGGUGGAGUCUCUAUGGUCAGCGUUCACUUGAGGAAGUAUUCAAUCGUAUACAUCUCUUGUGCUACGAAGACUCGGCUGGUAUAGGAGAAAUUGCGCUUACUGUGAGUCAGAUGGCGAUGACAGUACACCGCCUCUUCUUCUUGUGGGCGCUGCAAAGGGGGGAGUUCGCACGCGCGGAAGUCCAUUUAAACGCGAUACUUGCGUUUUCUCCAGACGGAAAAGACUUCCCUGCUUAUCUGGAUGCUCUCCUGCUGAAGGCAGCACUGUGGACUGCAGUCGGCGACUACCCGCGAAGUCUAGAGCUACUCGAAUGCAUCGAAGUGACGUGUAGAGAGCAUGGGUUCACGUAUCUGCAUGCCCAAGUGCUGAUCGCUACCAGUCGAACUCGCUUUCAAGCCUCUGCGCCGCAUGCGCCAUUCGCAUCUCUCAAUGCACUACUGAAAGGUGUGGACAUCUGCACAAGUCACCACUAUGACCUGUUGCUAGCAGAGGCUCAUGUUGUCAUGGCUGAAGUUUAUAUUGCCAUGGGCAAGCUUCAAGAUGCUCAUUCACUUCUCAACGAUCAGAUGCCUCUGGUGAUGGAACACGGCAGCAUCGAUCUGCGCGGAGAAUGUCUGCUAGUGCUCGCAAAAACCUUGAUUGCAAGUAUCAAACGACGCAAUGAAGGAGCGAAGGAGCCAACGCCUGCGGCUACCAAGGCCAUUGAAAUGCUAAACGCAAGCACGGACAUGUUUUCGUUGGUGCAAAAUGUGAAGCGACUAAAGGAGAUCAGCUACGUGCAAUCUUUAGUCUACAAUCAUUUAGCUACACAGUCGACGAAAAUCGGUGGCGAUUCUACUGCGUUUUAUACCUGUCGAGAGGAGGCCGCAGCAAGAUUUCUCAAGCACAACUCACAACUGAAGCGGGCGGCUUUUCGUACGAUCGAGCCAUUUUUUGACCUGGAAUUGCCUGAAAACAUUCGACAAAGUAUCACUCACCGCUCGAGUGAGAUCGAAACCGUACAGUAA